AUGGCCAAGGUUUUUUAUCUUCUUUUUCUGUUUGGCAUUUUUUCUUCAGUCGGCUGGGUGACAGCUAUGGAGCACAGGUUCAUCCCUGACCCUCCAACACUGAGCAUCCCAAAUAAGACCUACAAAAUCAACACUACAGAUACACUGGAGAUCACCUGCAGAGGGCGACAGAUUUUGGAAUGGUAUACACCUCACAACCGGACCCGCACUGAAGGACGGAUCAAUACAACAGACUGUAGCGGGAAUGGACUGUUUUGUAGUACCAUCACACUGACGGCAGCUAUGGGCAAUGAGACCGGAGAGUAUCGCUGUUCCUACAGAAAUCUGACUGUAGAAGAAGGGAAAACCUCUGUGACUGUAUAUGUCUUUGUGCAGGACUACCGCAUGCCGUUAAUCCGCUUGGCUCAGGACUGUGAUGUGGUAUUUAUUCAAGAAGGAGUGCAGGUGGUCAUUCCAUGCCUGGGCUCCAUGGAGGACCUCAACGUGACUCUAAGCAUGAAAUAUCCAGUAAAAGAGUUGGCAGCUGAUGGAAAGGAUCUGUUCUGGGAUAGCAAAAGAGGUUUUGUACUACCUAGUCAUGUGAUCAGCCAUGCUGGUGUGGUCUACUGCCAAACGCGCAUACAGAAUGAAACCUUCCGGUCCUCGCUCUACAUCAUGACUGUCAUAGGAUAUAAGAUCUUUGACCUCACUGUGAGUCCUGAGCACAAGAAACUGACUGUCGGGGAGAGGCUGAUGCUUAACUGCGUUGCUCACACUGAUCUUAAUGUAGCCAUCAACUUUAAAUGGAGCUUUCCUCGGGACAAGAGAGAUUCCAACCAUUCAAUAAAAAGCUUUGAGACCAGGUCCAACAAGAAGAAGCUGUGGAAAUCUCUAGAACUGUCCAACAUGCUCAUCAUAGAGAAUGCGACUCUCAAUGACACAGGGGAAUAUGUAUGCACAGCAUCUACAGUUCAGAUGGUCAAAAGUAGUCGAGCCUCUGUAACAGUUUAUGAGAAACCCUUUAUAGCCCUUAAUGAUCAAUGGAUUCAAACUGUGGAUGCAAAUUUAGGCCAACGAGAAGCAAAGAUCCCUGUCACAUACUACGCUUACCCAGAACCCAGUGUGCAGUGGUUUAGGAAUGAUCAGCCCAUUUCUAAUAAAGAUUACAGGAUGAAGCCAAGCAAAGACUCCCUCAGUAUAUUUGAAGUUACAGAAAAGGAUGCUGGGAAUUACAGUGUGGUUAUAACCAAUACUGAACGGCACAAAAGGACAUUCCAGCUACUGGUCAACGCUCCUCCUAAGAUCUUCGAAAAGGAGGUACCGUUGGAUCGAAAUGUUCACAUGUUUGGCAGCAGCCCUACCCUUACUUGCACUGCUUCAGGUGGCUCCAGUCCAGUCACUAUUAAGUGGCAGUGGAUGCCCAGUGAGGACUGCCCAGCUAGAUUUCAGCUCAGGUCAGAAGAGAAUACAGAGUGUGAGGACAAAUGGAGGGAGAUUUCAAACAACAUAGGGAAGAACCAAAUUGGCCAGCCCACUACCUUCACUGACCGCUCACUAAAGACUGUUAGUACAUUAAAGAUUCAUAAGGCGGAGGCCCACGCACUGUUUAGAUGCAUUGCAUCUAACAAAGUGGGAGUGGAUGACCGAGUCAUUGUAUUUCAAGUGGCACGUUUUCUCAGUUUAAGUGUGUUCCCAUCCAGCAGUCCUAUAGAACAGGAGGAUGUGCUGCUACGCUGCGUGGUUGACCACAUGCUUUACUCAAGUCUGAAGUGGUAUCGGGUGUUGAAUGUGUCAAACCCGGACAAGUUGCCCAACGCCGUGCCAUGUGCCAGCCUUUCCCUGGCUCCCCUUACUCGGCCCAAUGCAACCACUGCUACCCUGGAGGGUGCCAACUUCACAAUGGACCUGUCCUUACCCAGGGCAAGCUGGCAGGAUCAAGGCUUGUAUGCAUGUCGUGUGGAGAAUGCUGACAGCAGUGAGAGAACUUGCUUGCUGCACUACCUGCAUCUCAGACCUAUAAAGGCACCGAGCAUUGUGAACAACAUGAGAGAUCAGAGGGUGAACAUGAGUGAUUCCAUCGUGAUGGUGUGUGAAGCAAGGGGAACGCCAACUCCCCUCAUCACAUGGACCAAGGACAACCAGACUGUCAUUAAAGGAUCUGGUGUUAUUCUGACAGAUUCAAACCGUGUCCUGACAAUCCAGAGAGUGAAGAAAGAAGACAGUGGUCUAUACACAUGCACAGCCUGCAACAAACAAGGCUGUGACUUCACACAGGCUCAGCUUAUGGUGGAGGGCGCAGAGGAGAAGAUGAACGUGGAGCUGAUCGUACCGAUUGGUGCUGUGGUUAUCGCCAUGUUUUUCUGGCUCCUAAUCGUGUUUGUUAUACGCAACAGGAAAACGCCCACUGAUGGAGACCUAAAGGCAGGCUACCUGUCCAUCAUCUUGGACUCAGAAGACAUGGCUAUGGAUGAGCACGGUGAGAGACUUACCUAUGAUGCCAACAAGUGGGAGUUCCCCCGUGAACGACUCAAACUAGGAGAACCAUUGGGCAGAGGGGCAUUUGGUCAGGUUGUGGAGGCAUCAGCUUUCGGCAUUGAGAAGGCCACCACCUGUACUACAGUUGCAGUGAAGAUGCUAAAGGAGGGUGCUACCUCGAGUGAGUACCAUGCCUUAAUGUCUGAACUGAAGAUUCUAAUCCAUAUCGGCCACCAUCUAAAUGUGGUCAAUUUGCUUGGUGCCUGCACAAAACCAGGCGGUCCUCUGAUGGUGAUAGUAGAAUACUGUAGGAAUGGAAACCUCUCUAGCUACCUUAAGAGUAAGCGUGCAGAGUACAGCCCCUUUAAGAGGCCUAAGCCACGACUGUUGCAGGAGGACCUAAAUGAAGGGGAUCUUGCUAUGUUCACUAGUACCCGACUUGACAUAUGCACUGGUACCGCCAUCUGCUCUGGACUAAGAGAGGACUGGACCAAGAGCUCCAUCCUUCUUGUGGAUGAGCUCGAGAGUUCAGACUGGGAUCAUCUGACCAUGGAGGAUCUAAUUAGCUACAGCUUUCAGGUAGCCAAGGGAAUGGAGUUCCUCUCAUCUCGAAAGUGUAUUCAUCGGGAUUUGGCAGCAAGAAACAUUCUUCUUUCUGAGAACAACGUCGUUAAAAUCUGUGACUUUGGCCUGGCAAGGGAUGUGUAUAAGGACCCAGACUACGUCCGCAAAGGAGAUGCACGUCUGCCUCUGAAAUGGAUGGCACCUGAGACAAUCUUUGACCGUGUGUACACCACACAGAGUGACGUAUGGUCUUUCGGAGUGCUCCUUUGGGAAAUCUUUUCCUUGGGUGCAUCUCCUUACCCAGGAGUGAAUAUUGACGAGUCGUUUUGCAGGAGGCUAAAAGAGGGUACCAGGAUGAGACCACCUGACUAUGCAACCCCUGAGAUCUAUCAGACCAUGCUGGACUGCUGGAUGGAUCGACCCAAAGACAGACCCACCUUUACAGAACUAGUGGAACAUCUGGGUAAUCUGCUGCAGGCCAGUGCUCAGCAGGAUGGGAAGGACUAUAUUCCACUGACAGUGGGGGAGGUGGAGGGGGGAUCAGGGGUGUCCCACCAGAGAAUUACUUGUAACAGAGGACCGCAAACAGACAGCAGGGGGAUCCAUCUUAAUUAUGAUAAUGCUCCAUCAACAGGAUAUAGUCAGCAGAUAGAACUAGAUGGGGAUCAAAUAUUUGACAUUCCUCUGGAACAGAGUGCAGUAAUGAGUGGUCAAAGGGAAGGUAAGGUGGCAUUAUCACGUGAGGAGAUAAAGGCUCUGAAUCAUCAAGCACUCAAGAUGGGCACAUUCAGUCCCCUACUACGAUAUAAAAGUAAGGAAUCUUUGGCCUCUGAAUCAUCCAACCAGACCAGUGGCUACCAGUCUGGCUACCAUUCUGAUGACGCAGAGGCACCUGUGUAUGCUAAUGAGGAGAUGAUCCUGAAGAGGGACAUUUUGAAGAAGCCACCGCUGACUAAAAGAGACGACAAGUUUAGCACUGAGGUCCGCUAUAGCGUGCCCCCAGUUUAACUGUAACCAAUCACAACAUACCGUUAAAUAAUGUUUGAUUCUGACCAUGACUUUUUGAACUCUCAGCCUGGAAAAGCAGAUUUAGCCUUUUAAGAAUCAAUAAUAUCAAGAAGUUCUGCUUAUGAUAGGUUGAGGCCUUGCCUAACUUCAGUCCAUUUUCUACUGAAGUUCUGCAAAGUAUAAAAUAAGCACUGCUCUGCCAGUCAGACCUUAAGGUAUUCUCUUUGGCAAUUUACACUAUUUAAGCAGGUACAUCAAUUAUAUAUCUUAACUUUGGGCAUUGCAUUCAGAUGGUCACAAGUCAUCCAGAUUUUUGGGAAGCAUUUUCACCAGUCCAGUCAUUUCCAAUUCCAUAUUGCCAUUCUUCUGGCAGUGCUUCAGUUGAACAUUGCGCUAACCUGUCUUCAUACAGACAUGACUGGCAAUGUUCAAGAAGUGGGGGGAUGUCUGAGGAACUAGAUGGAUUGGCAUCCUCUCUGGGGUGUGUUAGUGAUUUUUUUCCCCCUGAAUCACUGGGUAAUAUAUGCAGUAUUCAGAGAGUCAGUGAUUCAGGGAGAGUCACAUUAUGCCCUGUACGAAUCCUCUUCUUCUCAUGCUGGUGCCUCUAUUAGACAGUAGAGCUUUUAUUUUUUUCCUUCAAACACUGCCAGUUGUGUCUGGUGGAUGCCUGGCAAGGUCAGUAGCAAUGAUCAAGCUCCCUGCUGUAGUGAGCUAGUGUAUUAGACUGCUGCACCACCCAAGUGUCACCCCAUUCAGCUUUUAGAUCUUAACCACCAAAUAUCAAACUGACCAUUGUGCCUUAAUGUUUAUACUUUAAAGUCUUUAUUCAAGAUGCCACAUUUCUGAAGUGAUAUACAAUGUAAUAUACUGUGCAAUGUUUCAGAUAAGCUGUAUGUGUUAGAUUUAAUUACAGUCAUGGCCACAAAUAUUGACACUCUUGAUCUUCUUUUAAAAAAUGCACCACUUCUCACAGAACAUUGUUUGUAAUUACAAAUGAAUUAGUAUUCACAGGUUUAUUUCUUGUGUUUGCAUUGGAACAACACAAUUCAAUGUUUAUAUCAUUCCACACAGAAUUCCAGAUGUGGACUGGACCAAAUUUAUGGCACCUUCUAAAAAUUGUAAGGAAUAACUGGAUUUCAAUCAUGUGAUGCUCCUGUAAUCUGUACUUAAACUCACCUGUGGCAGGCAACAGGUGCUGCAAUAUAGAAAUCACACUUCCAACCAGUUUCAAUGAAAGAAAGUCGACUCAAUCUUCUUCAGUCUGGAUGUACCACACUGAGCAUGGAGAAAAGAAAGAAGAGCAAAGAAUUGUCAGGAUUUGAGAACCAAAAUUGUUCAAAAGAAUGGACAAUGUAAAUGCUACAAGUCCAUCUCCAGAGACCCUAAUGCUCCUGUGUUCACUGUGCAGUAUGUCAAAACAGUAGUUGGUCUAGUAGCAAGAAGAGAUUGGGUUCAGUUAUUGUUUCCAAUAGGUUGAGGGUGCCAAUAAUUUCCCCAGUCCAUUUUUGAGUUCUGUAACAGUUAUACCAGAUUUGACUUAUUUACUUUUUUGUGUUGUUUCAGUGCAAACUAAAGACAUAUUUUAUGUACACGUACAUACUGAAGCAUUUGUAAUCUCAACAAUUUUCUCACAGAAUCGCAGGGGGGCCAUGAUUGUAUUUUAAAGGUCAACUUUUUUGGAGAGAGCCUUGGACAUUGUUUACACAGGCUGCAAAGCAUGAGUAGCUGCUGAGUGUGGCCCUUUCCACUUCCUGUUAAUGAACAUGCCUACUUCUAGCCAGCAGGAAAGGCAAACUGAAAUGAACUAAAGUUUUUUUGAUCUGUAUUUAUCUUUCGUAUUGUUUUCUUUCUUUUUUAUUUAAAUUUUGGUGAGGAUCUUACCAAAUCAUAUGCAAAAUGGCCCUCAAGUGUUCUUUUUUCCUGCCUUUUGUUUUACUUUACAUUAUGACUUUCUUUACUUUCAUUGUCGACCUUUUAAAUGUACAGUUUAUUAAUUUAGGAUCUUAGUAUUUACUAAAACUGUUAUAUAAUUAAUUUUAUAUAAUAAAAUAAAACUAAAAUUAAUUCUG